AUUUCUUCCACUCUUUUUUUCUUCUUUUUUCCCCUUUCAGUGCUUUGUUUCUAUGAUAAAUAGUGCAUCUACGCAGGGUCUUGAUUGUAUAGCUUGACUGCUCAUUAUAUAAGGAGUGUUGUCUAAAAGAUGGGGAGAGGAUUGAACCCGUGCCCUACUUUCAAUUUUAAAUUUUGAACAAUAUUUCUUUCUUUUUUUUUUGUUAUGAGUUGUACUUAUUAGUGUGAAUUUAAAAAACAUCACAUAAAAUUUAAUAAGUUUACCUUAUUCAAAAUCUUUACUUCGAUCUUAUUUUUCAUAAAAAUAUAAAUUAAACUCUAAUAACUUCUCUAGUUCAAAAUAUGAUAUCAUUUUCAAUAUCAAUUAAUAAAUUGUGUCACUAAUCACUUAUUACUUAUUAAAAGAAUGAAUAUCAUUUAUUCUAAAUUUUUUUCUUUAUACAAGAAAAACCUUAAACCCUAAAACAUCGUCAUUUUGCAAGAAGUGUCUUGGUGCUUGCUGUGUGCCUCUUUGGCCGGUGGUAAACUCCUUGGAACCCUUUUGAUUGUAUAGUCAUGAAUUUGUCCUUUGUUGUUGCUUGCUGGGAUCAUAUUGUGUGUGGAUGGUAAAGGUGCAAUCCCAGUUCUUCUUUUUUGCUUUGAUGUUUCGAUGGGUCUCUUUUUGAUGCCUUCAUGAUGUUAUUGGAAGAUGUGCUGGUUUUUGUUUAAGGGUCAUCUCGUCCUUUUUCAGCCUUCUGGGUGUUGUUUUUGUUCUUGCUUGGGGAACCCUUUAAUUCCUCAUUAUUAAUGGAAGUUCUCUCUUGAUUUUCAAAAAAAAAAAAAAAUUGCAAGAAGAAGGACCAAUUGAAACAGUAGCUUAGGGAGCUACUUUUAUAUAUAGUAAUAAAUAUUUCUUCGUAGGGUUAAAAACAAAACAAAUUACCUUUCAUUACUAAGAAUAACUUUUGUGUUUCAAAAAUUUUAAAAAAUACCCUACCAGGAGGUUUUUUAUUCUUCAAUAUUCAAGGCUUAUAAUAAGCAUGUGAAUCAGGUUCCCGAGCCCAAAAGGAAAAAUGGGUCUGAAUCAGGACCCAAGGGCAGCUUGAGAUGUGAACUUGCAAGCCUAAUAGGCGUACAAUCGUUGGGCCUGGGAGCAAUAUCUGUAUUUUCUUGGAAACCUACCGAAAUUCCCAGGAAAAUUUCUGGCAGUGGAAAAUGUUGGGGUGUGGCCUUUCAGUUAAGCCAAACAAAACAUGCGCGCCUAUCCAAUUCCACCCUCUCUAACUGCUGUUUCCACCGUCGAGCUCGCGCCUUUCCCCACCACCCGAUUUCUUCUCAACCCACCAAUCUCCGACAAAACCACCUCCCUUUUUCUUUCAACUUCCUGUCCCAGGAUUCUGUUCUCUAAAUUUAGACCCAACCCUUUUUGUUCCAACUCUGAUGCCACCUCAUCAGACACGAAUGAAGAUGAUGACAAUGAUGAUGUUUAUUUUGACGAUGAUGAUGGUUUUGUUUUGUCAGAUGAGAAGGCACAGACGUUGUCUGAAGAUGGUUUUUUUAUUGAGAUUAAAAAGCUUGGAGGGAACUCUCGUAGAAUUCGGUCCAAAAUUGGGAUUGAAGCCAGCCUCGAUACUGUUUGGAAGAUUUUGACUGACUAUGAGAAGUUGGCUGACAUUAUUCCGGGUCUCGCUGUCAGCAAAGUUGUCGAAAAAAAAGACAAAUUUGCUCGACUUUAUCAGAUUGGACAGCAGAACUUGCCAUUGGGUUUGAAAUUUAAUGCUAAAGGAGUUUUAGAUUGUUAUGAGAAAGAUCUUGAGAUUUUGCCUUCCGGGAAAAAGCGUGAAAUUCAAUUUAAGAUGGUUGAAGGUGACUUUACACGUUUUGAAGGGACAUGGUUGAUUGAACAGCUUAAUAAAGGAAAAUGCAAAGGCGAAGAAGCAUUUUUUGGUCAAGAAAUCCAGACAACCCUUUCUUAUUUAGUUGAUGUAAAGCCAAAGAUGUGGUUGCCAGUUCGCCUUGUGGAGGGCAGACUUUCUAGCGAGAUAAAGACGAACCUUUCCUGUAUUCGCGAAGAAGCAAAGAGAGUGAUAAGUGCUUUGAGCUCUCUUUAAUAUUAUUUGCUUGGACAGAUAAGUCUCCAAGCACGCUACUCAAGCAUAAUCUAUUCAAGAUCCAGUUUCAUAAUGGAAGAAUGAUUCACCCCCAACCCUUUUUCACCUAUUGAUAUCCUCCUGCUUUACAUUGUCUAAGAAAGAGUUGAGGAAAAGGGAAAGAAUUGAGUAUGAUGGACACUCUGGUGAAAGGAUUUAAUAUUUCUUUAGUGUAAUAUAUUAUUUACUAUUAAUUUAUAGUAAAAGAACUAAUGAUGUUACAUGUCUU